CAUAACACCGGAAGUGACAUUUUUUCCAGCCUCACGCUCAAGAAACCUGCAUUUUCACAAACAUUACUUCCUGGGCUCUAAGUUCGAGACAUGAAAAAUCAAGACGUGGAAGAGUCUAUCAGCCCUGGCAGUGAGGAUGCGCCAACUACAGCUGGAGAUACGGAGGCAGCUCCACCUUUAGCAGCUAAAGGCAGCAGCAUCAGCCCCAAGGAGUCUGGAUCACAGGACCCACAAACAGAAACCCCUCCACAAGAUCACAAGGGAGAAAGUGAAGGUAAAGAGAUCACUCUUCUCAUGCAGACCCUCAACACGUUGAGCACUCCAGAGGAAAAGCUUGCAGGUCUCUGCAAGAAGUAUGCUGACCUGUUGGAGGAGCACCGGAACACUCAGAAGCAGAUGAGGGCGCUGCAGAAGAAGCAGACUCAAUUGGUCCAAGAGAAGGACAACCUGAGGAACGAACACAGCAAGGCCAUCCUGGCCCGCAGCAAGCUGGAGAGCCUCUGCCGCGAGCUGCAGAGACACAACAGAACCCUGAAGGAGGAGGGAAUACAAAGAACCCGUCUGGAGGAGGAGAAACGGAAGGAAGUGACGUCUCACUUCCAGUCGACUCUGAACGACAUCCAGGCUCAAAUGGAGCAGCACAACAAAAGGAACGCCAGCCUCCGACAGGAAAACGCCGAGCUGGGCGAGAAGCUGAAGACGCUGUAUGAGCAGUACAAACUGCGGGAGGAGCACAUAGACAAAGUGGUGAAGCACAAAGACCUGCAGCAGCAGCUGGUGGACGCAAAGCUGCACCAGGCGCAGGAGCUGCUGAAAGAGUCAGAGGAAGGCCACAACAGAGAAAAAGAGUUUCUGCUGAAAGAAGCCGUGGAGUCUCAGAGGAUGUGUGAGCUCAUGAAGCAGCAGGAAGUUCACCUCAAACAGCAGCUGUCGCUGUACACAGAGAAGUUUGAGGAGUUUCAGACCACCUUGUCCAAGAGCAACGAGGUCUUCACCACUUUCAAGCAGGAGAUGGAGAAGAUGACUAAAAAGAUCAAGAAGCUGGAGAAGGAGACGGCCAUGUAUCGCUUGAGGUGGGAGAGCAGCAACAAAGCUCUGCUGGAGAUGGCUGAGGAGAAAGCCGUGCGGGAUCGGGACUUCGAGGCGCUGCAGGGUAAAGUGCAGCGGCUGGAGAAACUGCGGCGGGCGCUGAGGGUGGAUCGGAACGUGCUGAAGAAGAAGGUCCAGGAGCUCGGCGGGCAACCCGGCGGCACGACCCCCACCUCCGACCCGGGGACCGACUCGCCGUCUCCGCCUCCUACAGACUCAGUGCUGGAGCCCGGCACCUGCCCCGCGCCGGACAGCACCUCCUGCUCAGACCCGUGCCACUGCGAGCCACAGACAGACACACGGCAGGGGGAGGCCCACUCUCAGCCACUUCCUGUGCCAGAAUGAACACACCCACUUCUCCUCCUGAGUCCGAACCACCAGCCUGCAAACCGCUACUCCUCUGCUCCUGAUGAGCACUGAUCAAACCCAUCACUUUAUGUUCUGAUCAACAGAAGGGUUAACUCGUGUCCUCCCAGCAGAUUCUGUAGAAACACGGCUUUUACUUUAUGCUUCGAAUCAACAGGAAAACUGAGUUUAUAACAUUUUUUUCCUUCAAUAAAUUAGAUUUCUGUCACUUAUUUUCCUGUUUAUUAUAAAGUACACUGUCUUGUUGCAUCAGGCUUUACUGAGCUGCAGGGAAUGACACAAGUUCAAUUGGUUUAUAGCAAGAAUUUUUUUAUCAUCUUUAAUAAUUUGGUCUCAUUUGCAGUGUUGGACAGGGUUCUACUCUCUAAACUCUGCUUUUAUCAUGUUUCAGGUUAACUCGUAACAGUAAUUCCAUUUUCUUUAGCCUUAACGUGUUAUAUGUGAUUAAAACUGUAAUUAUCGAGGCAGUCUUCAUUCUGUGUCUGCUGCUGUUUCGCCUCUUUGUUUGGAUCAAAGCUAAUUUCUGUAACAUCUCUUUAUUUUAAACACCUUUAUUCAUAUUGUUGAUAUUGGAGAAAUAAAAGCAUUUUGUUAAAGUGAGUUUACUCCUGUCACAACUCAUCACUCCCAGUUCAGAUGACCAGUUGUUUUUUUUUUAUGUUUAGAAUUUGUAAUAAGGACCACUCUGUUCCAUUCAUCGUUUUUUGGUUGUGCUUGUAGAAUUUGUGGUUUAUUCGUUCACAUUUGUUUCCUUGUUUUGGUAAACUCGUCAGGUUUUCUUAAGAGAAUGUAGAAGUAACUCUAUGCAAUGCUUGUAAUGCUUGAUUUAAACCUCUUUACAGGAGUUUAAUCUGAAACAUAGAUUUAUACCAAAAGCCCACAGAUAAUGUGUGUGUGGUUUUAUUUUGUUGCAGUCUCGUCUGACGAGUACUUAGCUGAAUGUAUCAUCAUCACUGUUCUGCAUAAAUGUCAAGGAAAAUUUAAACAUAUCUCGUAGCAGAGGGUCUUUUUCUCUGCGGAGGCUAAAACUUGGACCAUUUUCUUGUUUGGUAAAUUGAAUAUUUUGUGUGGUGCUGCUGAGUGGAGUUGGAAAACAAGCAAAAAAAAGAACUUUGUUUAUUUUCUUGUGUACUAAUUCAACAUGUAGCAUCAGUGAAGUGGCUUUUUGAAUUUCUUCUGUUGUACCCAAGUUUUAAGAUCCAUAAGAAGGAACCAAAGAUGUUUCCCACUUUUUUUUCUUUUGCAGUACUGUUUUCUGGCCUUGUAUAUUUUGUCUCUUGCUAAAUAAACUAACAGUUUAUGUUUGA